CGGUCAAUCGGUCGAACCCCUGCAAUUAUUGAUUGGUCCAUAAAUACUGAUCCUGUUCCUCGCGAACCAGUUCCAAUUAAAAUCAUUUCCGAAAACUCGACAACCUUCGGCAGAUCUUAGGCGAAAAAUAUAUGUUCGUUGAAAGUUGACCUGUUGUGUCAAUUUGUUACGAAUUUCAUCGGGGAUUGUCACUGAUUUGAGGGGACGAGACAUAUCUGACGACCACUGGAAUUUUUCACAAGGGUACGUACGUAAUUCGACGAGAUAUGGAGGAGGGUGGCAGGGGUGAAGUCUUAUGCAGAGUAUGCGGUGACAAGGCCUCGGGAAAACACUACGGGGUGCCGAGCUGCGACGGAUGUCGCGGUUUCUUCAAACGGUCCAUCCGCAGAUAUGCGAGAAAUCUGGACUAUGUGUGCAAGGAGAACGGCCGAUGCGUUGUCGAUGUAUCCCGAAGGAACCAGUGCCAAGCAUGUCGGUUCACCAAAUGUUUGCGUGUGAACAUGAAGCGAGACGCGGUACAGCACGAGAGAGCACCGAGAAAUGUAGCAUCUUUUGCGACCACCGUCCGCAGAGUUCCAUCGGGGCUUCAUCCCGGGAUUCCCCACAUCUACCAUACGGCCACGGGAGCUCCGUAUCAUCCGCUCAUCUACCCAGCCUUUUUCCCAUUUAAGCCAACGAUACCGACCUUUGCACCAGGCGUGGGUAUAGAUUUCAAGUGUCAGGCAUCGCCUCCGAUUCAGGGGUUGUUCCUGGCGCGAGCUGCGAACGAAUCUCUGCCGCCACCUCUUUCAGCCAAGGAAGACGAGGUGACGAGUUCCGAAGAAGCUGCGACCGUUGACAGCCAAAACUCGGGAAAGGAGGACGCCCGUGGCGAUCCUUUGGCAUCCGCGCCAUCGAGCCUGGCAACGGCAAUGUCGGACUACGCCUCCUCGGGGUUGACGCUGUUGACAACGGAAAAUGUUUACGAAUCCGCAGCGAAACUACUUUUUCUGGCUGUCAAAUGGGCCAGAAGUAUACCCUCCUUCCUUCAGCUAUCAUACCGAGACCAGGCGAUACUCCUCGAAGAGUCCUGGAGCGAACUGUUUGUCCUUACCGCGGCGCAGUGGAACUUUCCGGUGGAGGCGGCUGCUCUGGUCUCGGCUGACGCAUCCAUCGACCGGCGAUCUGGCCUCGAAGAGGAGGCAAGAAGACUCAGGGAACUUCUGGCGAGAUGCGCAACGCUGAGGAUCGACCACUCCGAGUACGCUUGCCUGAAGGCGAUCGUUCUUUUCAAAGGAGAAUCACGAGGUCUAGCCGAGGCCGUCAGGGUGACCGCACUUCAGGAACAAACCGUAGCCGUACUCGGCGAUCAGGGCGCGGGUCGCGUCGGACGGCUGCUUCUUCUCCUUCCACCGGUGAGAGCUCUCUGCCGCAGGACGCUCCAGGAGUUGCUCUUCAAGCCGACCGUGGGGGACGUUAGCGUCGAACGGCUUCUAGGGGAUAUGGUCCAUGCGACGCGGCCGGUUUGAGUAGCCAUUUUUUUAUAAUCCAGUUAGGCAUUCCUAGUCAACAAUUACAUACAUAUGCCCAACAUUCGUUCGACAACGUUUAUUGUACGUGUUAGUAUACCUAUACUGUAACUAUGAUAGCCCUAUUUCUGCUCCUGGUGUAAUUACUGGAACCACGACGUCCGACGGAGGG